CUGAAAUGUUACAGCGCAGCAGAAUUGUCUGAAUGGCGGCGUUUCUUUUAACGCGCGAUGAAAUUUUUGGCAUAAAAACAAAAUAAAGCCAGUGUUUUCAGUGUAUAGUACUAAAGUUUUUCGAAAUUAUUUGUGACGUUUGUUUAAAAAAAUGCUCAUUUGACUUGAUAAACAUCAAUCAUGUACAUCAAACAGGUGAUUAUUCAAGGAUUUAAAUCCUACAGGGAACAAACAGUUGUCGAGCCAUUCGAUCCUAGACAUAAUGUUGUUGUUGGCAGAAAUGGUUCUGGAAAAAGUAAUUUUUUCUAUGCAAUUCAAUUCGUGCUCAGCGAUGAAUUUUCUCAUUUGCGACCAGAGCAACGUCAAGGUUUGCUUCAUGAAGGUACAGGACCCAGGGUAAUAUCAGCUCAUGUAGAAAUUAUAUUUGACAAUGCUGAUGGCAGAUUACCUAUUGAUAAAGAUGAAGUCUACCUUAGAAGAGUUAUUGGAUCUAAAAAAGAUCAGUAUUUCCUUAACAAAAAGAUUGUGACGAGGAGUGACGUUAUGAAUCUUCUUGAAUCAGCUGGGUUUUCAAGAUCUAAUCCUUAUUAUAUUGUCAAACAGGGAAAGAUUAAUCAAAUGGCUACAGCACCUGACUCUCAAAGAUUAAAAUUACUGCGAGAGGUUGCUGGCACAAGAGUUUACGAUGAAAGAAGAGAAGAAUCAAAAGCUAUUUUGAAAGAAACUGAAGGCAAAAUUGAAAAAAUUCAAGAUUUCUUGCGCACAAUAGAGGAAAGAUUAGAAACUUUGAGAGAAGAAAAAGAAGAACUCAAAGAGUACCAAAAAUGGGAUAAACAAAGAAGAAGCUUAGAGUAUAUAAUUCAUGAACGUGAACUGAAAGAAAACAAGCGUAAAUUAGAAGAAUUGGAAAAAUCUCGAGAAAGAAGUGGACAAGAACAAGCUAGUUUGACUGCAGAAGUAAAAAAUGCCCAAGAAAAAGUAAAAGCGGCUACUAAAAAACAUAAAGAAGCUAAGAAAGAAGCUCAAACUGCUAAAGAAGAGCGUGAUACUUUGAGUGCUGAGCAACAGCAACUUUUGAAAGAGAAAACCAAACUCACAUUUACAAUAAAUGAUUUAAUGGAAGAAGUUAGAGGCGAUAACGACAGUCGUAAAAGAGCAGAAGAAGAAUUGAAUAAAUUAAAAAGUCAAAUUGCUGCUAAAGAAAGUGAAUUAGAAAGUAUAAAACCUCAGUACGAAGAAAUGAAACGUAGAGAAGAAGAAAUUACAAGAGAACUGGCAUUAAAGGAGCAAAAAAGGAAAGAACUAUAUGCAAAACAAGGAAGAGGAAGUCAGUUUACUUCAAAAGCCGAAAGAGAUAACUGGAUUCAGCAAGAGUUGAAACAAUUGAAUAAACAAAUAAAAGAUAAAGAAGACCAUGAAAAGAAAAUUUCAGAAGAUUUAAAAAAAGAUGAAGAAAAACGAGUAACGCUAGAUAAAAAAAUUCAGGAAUAUACUCGAGAAAUGGAAAGACAAAAAACGUCUAUUGAUGAGCAUAAUAAACAAUAUUAUGACUUGAAUAAACUAAAAGACCAAUGUCAAGCCACUCGCAAAGAACAGUAUCGCCAGGAGAGUAUUUUGCAAUUGAAUUUAUCUGGAUUGAAAGAAGAUUUGGCAAAAGCUGAUCAAAGUUUGAGAUCUAUGGCUGGAAAACCAAUUCUCAAUGGUAGAGACAGUGUUCGUAAAGUACUUGAUACUUUUAGAGAACGUCCAGAUAUGUCCAAAGAAGUGGGUAGUUAUUAUGGACCUGUGAUUGAAAACUUUGACUGUGACAAAAGUGUGUACAUGGCUGUUGAGGUAACAGCUGGUAACAGGCUCUUCCAUCACAUUGUUGAAACCGAUAAAUUUGGUACUAAAAUUUUAAAAGAGAUGAAUAAUCAAUGUUUGCCUGGAGAAGUUACAUUUAUGCCUCUCAAUCGAUUACAUGUAAGACCAAUUGACUAUCCAAAAACUCCAGAUGCGAUCCCCAUGAUUUCAAAACUUAAUUAUGAUCAGAAAUAUGACAAAGCUCUCAGAUACAUCUUUGGAAAGACUCUGAUCUGUCGUAAUCUAGAAGCUGCAACGAGUUUGGCUAGAACAUCCGGACUUGAUUGCGUGACUUUGGAAGGUGAUCAGGUGUCAUCAAAAGGUUCCUUGACUGGUGGUUAUUUCAACACUUUGAGAUCACGUUUAGAAAUACAAAAAAACAGAUCAGAACUUAUGUCUCAAAUUAGUAAGAUGGAAAGUGAUUUGGCCACUUUGAAAGAGGAAAUUAGGAAUGCUGAUCGUAAUAUCAGUUCUUAUGUGAGUGAAAUGCAAAGGACAGAAACUAAAAAUAGUAAAGCUAGAGAUAUAUAUGACAAAAUGAAAGGUGAAAUUCGUAUAAUGAAAGAAGAACUGAGUGCAAUCGAAAGAUACAGAGUACCAAAAGAAAAGAGCUUGCAGCAAUGCAAAUCUAAUUUAGAAGCUAUGACUGCUACAAAAGAAGGUUUGGAGAGUGAGUUACAUCAAGACUUAAUGGAACAACUAUCAGUUGCAGAUCAACAUCAAGUUGACAGCCUUAAUGAUGCUAUUAGGCGUCUAACGAAAGAAAAUAAAGAAGCUUUUGUUAAAAGAAUGAAGCUUGAAGCUGAAAAAAAUAAACUUGAAAAUCUUCUGACCAACAACUUGGUCAGAAGAAAAGAUGAGCUCGUUCAAGCUUUGCAAGAAAUUUCAGUGGAAGAUCGUCAAAGAUUGCUUGAAACUUCCAAAUCUCAAUUGGCUGAAAUUGAAAAAAGAUUGUUAAAAAACCAAGCUGAAUUCAAAACGCAAAACGAAAAAGUAGCGGCUGCAGCUAAAAAGCAAAAAGCAGAAGCUGCUGAAGUUGAACAGUGGAAAGGAAAAGAAAAAGAGGCACAAGAAAAAAUGGAUUCAGACGCUAAAGACUUUGAAAAAUUAGCCAGUAAAAUGAACAUGUUGCAACAAAAUAUCACAGAAUGCACCCAAAAGAUAACAGAGCUUGGCGCCCUUCCGAACAAAGAAUCAUACGCUAAAUUCAGUAGCAUGACGACAAAACAACUAUUUAAAAAAAUGGAAGAGGCAAAUGGUCAUCUAAAAAAAUACAGUCACGUAAAUAAAAAAGCUUUGGAUCAGUUUAUGUCAUUCAGUGAACAAAAAGAAAAGCUGAUGAAAAGAAAAGAAGAGCUAGACAGAGCUGAUGAAAAGAUUAAAGAACUCAUGUCAGUUUUGGAGCUGAGAAAAUGUGAAGCCAUUCAAUUUACUUUUAAACAAGUGAGUAAAUAUUUUUCUGAAGUUUUCAAAAAACUUGUACCAUCUGGGCAUGCACAACUUGUGAUGAAGACAGCUGAUGGUGAAGACGAUGGUAGUACUAUACUUCCUGAACAAGCUGAUUCUGAUCGUUUCAUAGGAGUUGGUAUCCGAGUCUCAUUUACCGGUCAAAAAGGUGAAAUGCGAGAGAUGAAUCAAUUGUCAGGAGGUCAGAAAUCUCUGGUAGCCCUGGCAAACAUCUUUGCAAUUCAAAAAUGUGAUCCUGCUCCCUUUUAUCUAUUUGAUGAAAUUGAUCAAGCGCUAGAUGCUCAACACAGAAAGGCUGUAGCUGAUAUGAUUCAUGAACUUAGUUCUGACGCCCAGUUCAUCACUACCACUUUCAGACCUGAAUUGCUGCAACACGCAAAUAAAUUCUACGGAGUCAAAUUCCGAAAUAAGGUUUCUCACGUUGAGUGCGUAACAAGAGAAGAAGCCGCCGAUUUCGUAGAAGAUGACCAAACUCACGCUUGAAUAAAAAAUUAUUUAAACCUGGACGUUCUCUAUCAUCUACCUAAGUGCGUCCAAAUUUUUUAUGUUUUUAAUUUAAGAAAGGACAAAAAAUACUAUUUUAAAAAAAUAUAAAUUAAAAUUGUAAAGGUUAGAUAACUAAAAAUUAUCAUAGUUUAGUUAAAACAAGUAGCAUAUCGGAUUUUUAGUUUUAAGUUAUUCAUACUGUAAGCUUGACGAAUUUAUAUAAAAUCCGACUUUUUUGUUGUUCUUAAAAUUUCAAAAAAAUUCAAACUCAGUGCAGAAAUCAAUUGUGUAUAAAUGCUGCGAUUUUUUGUUCAUGAAAAAGUUUCUUUAGAAGGAACCAGGUCUCACAUUAAAAAUCAAUUUUGUCAAACGUUUGAUUAUCAUGUUUUUGUUUUCUAAUAGUACUGUCCUAUUUUUAUACAUAGAUAUUAUGUCUUCUCAAAGUUUUGAAUCACAAUUUUGUACAUUCAUAUUCAGUGUAAGUUGAUACAAUUAAAAAUCUUAAUAUGAUACAAAACACAAGUA